AUGAACCAAAACUUAAGAAAUCUUGAAGUUCAGGACAGAAUUGGGUACAAACGAUGGGCUCCCAUUAGGGAACAGGUCGCCUUGUUAGAGGCACUUUUCGCAUUUGGGAUAAGAAACCCAAACCGAGAACAAGUUCAUGAAAUCGCGACCAGGCUUAAGGUUUACGGGGAAAUCGGGGAAUACAGUGUCUACUGUUGGUUCCAAAACUAUGGAUAUCGUGAAAAACAGCGAUGUCUGAAACGAAACACCGUCACCACCUCUUACUCUCCGAUUCCCCUCCUGCCCCCUUUUAUGGAUGAUCUUUCACGCACAACGCCAUCGGUUCCAGAUCGGGUGACGCUGGACCUUUUCCCGAUUCCUCCCGUUCCUGAAAGAAAAGAGAUCCCUCCCAUCUUUCGGUUCCAGUUGAAGGCUCCUUCAGUUGAGCUUUCCCUACGACCGCCUUCAGAUGAUGAUGAUGAUGAAUAG